CUUCUAUAUAUUCUUCCUCAGAAUUUUUCCUUUCUGAUCAUUUUCCAUUCUCAAUUUCCCAGAGAGAAAAUCGAAAGAAUCACCUUCAUUUCUUACUAUGGAAGCUAAUUCUUCUACUUCUUCUUCCUCCUCUUCCUCGCCAAUGUACAUUUCUCAAUACCCACAUCAAGGAAAGGGCCUAAAAGGAUCGCAAUUGCUUCAUUCGGUUCGUAAGCCGCAGGUGAAGCCAUGGAAGAAACCAAUAGCACCACUACCGCCAACUCCACCAAGAGUUUUCAAGGUCGAUCCUGUUGACUUCAGGGAUCUUGUUCAGAAGCUCACCGGUGCACCUGACCAGUCGCAGCCUCAACAGCGGCUUCAACGUGUGGCGCCUCCUCCACUUGAUCUUGAUAAAAUGAAUCCGGCAUUGUUUAGCAGAGAUUUUGCAGAAGCAGCAGCACCUUUGCAGAUCAUUUCUUCUCCUGUGAAAACCCCAUUUUCUGCUUUGUAUCAGGAGAUGAUGUCUGAUACAACUGAUCAAAAACUCAAGAAGGUUUCUGAGAAUAUAAUGGCUUCUCCUUCACUCGAAUUCAACCUUUUUUCUCCAUCAGCUCAUGGUUGGUGUUCAUUUCCUCUUCUGAGUCCUGGAACACUUUCCAGUUUGGAGCAAAGCACAGUCCUUUAAAUUUCUUGCUCCAUUAAUUAUCUCUUUCGUUAAGCUUUUUCUUUUGUAAUCAUAAGCAAGUGUUAAAUGUAAGAAACAAGCUAUGGGCCCUGCAUCAGCAGAACCAUAAGCCACAACAGUCACAGACUACCUAGCUAGUUCAUUGCUAUGUGAAUUAAUCAUUUUUAUUUCAAUAUUUUCUU